AUGUUGUUCAAACAGUUGGUUGUUGUUGGAUUUUUGCUCAAAUUGGCCGUCGCUAUUCAGCUUCAGGCCAAAUCGUCUCAUCCGGAGAUUGACGGACUUGGAAUCUCGAGUAAGCACACCGGAGCUGGCACAGACUACUUGUAUCUCGGUAAAGACUUUGAGAACUUUGCGUGGAACGGAAACAGCCUCAGCAAGAGCGUCGGCUCAGCAUACAACCAGUACUUCACAGUCAAGGACCGCAACCCUCAAUUCUCUGUCUCUGACAAGGGCUCCAAGCUGGACUUCCUCCCAAGCAGAACAGGAACUCUACACCAUGACGACUCGCCUCACGGAUUCUACGCAUGUAAAAAUACUGGCGACCCUUACAGCUAUUCCAAGGACAACUACCAAUUGCAGUACUACAAAGACCAGAAGCCUCCUAAUGGAUGUCUUGACUUGGUCAUCGUUGGAUGUUACUCCAACUCCACCGCACCUCAUGGAAAAGGUUAUUAG